AUGGACGACGAGAAGGAUGAAGAAGUUAUAGACCCUGCCAUGCCUCCGCGACGACGUGGCAUCACGCUGUCCGGCUGGCGCCAGAUCGUGACGGAGGCGUUAAGCUACAUUACAACAGGCACCACCAUAGUACGAAGGAGGUCGAAGCUGACAGAUUACUGCAGCGAGGAUCUCGUUCUAAAGCCAGCCAAGAUCGAUCACUUGCAAGAAUCGAGACAUAUUUCAAGAACGAGAAGAGUCAUUGAGGGUAUCUCUGUGCAUCGGUUGAAGGGCCACACGAUCUGGUAUGAACUCGAUGUCUUUCCCCUAAACAGCUUCUACUGGCGGACUGCUCUAGCCUCGGUCGUUGGAAGUGUCAUCUGGAUUCUCAGCUCGCUUUUCAGUUUCCUUCCAUUCGCAUUCCCCAGCACCAGGUUUCCCGACGAGACCGAAGUGUGCGUUGGCCUUCUAUCAUGUACGGGCACCAUCUGUUUCUUCAUCUCCAGCUUGACCACUAUCCUACAUACACUCAACGAGAGUCGACCACGUUAUGAUGGAUGGAAAGCACAACAGAUCAGGAACGAAUUCCGUGCAGCUCGCAACCUGCACAAGAAGAACUACCGUGUUGGAGACUGGGGCUGGCGACCGCGCUGGAACGAUAUCAAGGAGCACUGGGCUGAUGACCUUGCCUUCAGGUCUUGCUGCAUACAACUCGUGUGCUCGCUGCUCUUUCUCGAGGCAGGCAUUUGUGCCAUUCCUGCCAUCUACAACAGGAUCUCACUUUCGCACUACCUCAUGAAUUGCAUUUACUGGUCGCCUAAAGUCUUCGCUUGCGUCGGUUUCAUCUGGAUGGGUUUCCUCGGUCUCGUUCAAUCUCACCAGAGCGAACGAAGAACCCCAUUCUGGCGAAAGUUGAGCUGGCAUGCGGGCAUCUGGUCAACACUUGGCGGCAUUGGUUUUCUGAUCAUGUCAUUUCUUGGAUUUGGCACCCUGGAGUGGAUGCAACGACAAAACCGUAUCUGCGCGCUCUGGGGAUCUUGUGCUUUCUUGGUGUCCAGCUUGCUUCUUUCGCUCCUACGACUCACGACUUCACGAUUCAUCUCGAAAAGCUUUGGAUAG